UACGAUCCCGACUCCAACGCAUGUGCAUUGUCGUACAAUGAUAGGCCGUUCUGUUCAAAUGCUGAAUUAGUUCGAGUUGCUCGACCGCAUCAGCCAGUGUUCAUGCACUGCCUUAGCUGUGUUCCGCACAAGAUGUUACAAAAUGAGACAGCUGGGUUCUUCUUGGGGAAUCUCGAUAAUAAACCAACUACUGAGAAAAGUGAUGUUCCGGCAACAACUGUCACUACUACUGAAACAGCUGAGAGCGCAACAAAGAUUUUUGCAUCAAAAAUCACGACUGUUGAAAGUGAAGAGGAAUCUUCCUCUUCAUCUGUUACCCCUGCUCAAGCUACAACAGGCAAGAGCGAAGAAACGACAGUAGUAGCUGAAGAAGCAAGUGGAGAAGAAUCUACUGAACAAAGCAAACCUCCCAAGUUGCUGGAGAACAUUGAUGAAAAUGCAACUAUCGUCGAGAGCACGACAGAGCCUGCUUCAACAACAGAGGGAGCCGAGCUUACAUCAACUCUGCCCAGUAUUGAAGAAAGUAACGUAAGUGCAGUGUCUUCUCCAUCAGAAGGCGCUUUACCUGUAACAAGCGGCGAACAGACAACAACAACAACAGAAAAGAUUGAAAUAACAACGCACGAAGAAGCCAGUGGAGAGGAACCUCUGGACAAAAAUGCGCUACCUGAAGUGCAAAUGAAUCUGGAUGAGACUACUAUUGCUUCUGCUGAAAGCACCCUAGCGUCCUCAACAGCUGUUCCAGGGAAUGAAUCAGCAGCAACUACUCUUGGCAAACCUGUGUCAACAACAGUGGGAGCCGGGCCUACAUCAACUCUGCCCAGCAUUGAAGAAAGUAAUGUAACUGCAGUGUCUUCUCCACCAGAAGGCGCUUUACCUGUAACAAGCGGCGAACAGACAACAACAACAACAGAAAAGAGUGAAAUAACAACAACACACGAAGAAGCUAGUGGAGAGGAACCUUUGGACAAAAAUGCGCUGCCUGAAGUGCAAAUGAAUCUGGAUGAGACUACUACUGCUUCUGCUGAAAGUACCCUAGCGUCCUCAACAGCUGUUCCAGGGAAUGAAUCAGCAGCAACUACUCUUGGCAGUGAAGUGACUGCUACAACUGCCUCUCCUACAGCGGAAGGAGCUGUAACGGAAACAACUACUGAACAGUCAGCAACAGAAGAGAGCAAAGGAACAACUCCGUUAUCCGAAGAAGCUAGCGGAGAAGAAGUACUGGACAAAAACGCACUUCCAAAAGUGCAAACAAGUUUGGAUGAAACCACCACUGUUUCUGUGGAAAGCACAUUAGAACCUGCAAUUGUACCAGUUGUAAGUGUUACCGCCACUGAAACAUCUGCAACAUCCUCUUUUCCGGUCGAGGGAUCUAGCUCUCCAGUCACACUUCCACCUGUGGUUGUGACGGAAGCGAGUGGUGAGCAAACCACUACUGAAACAAGCGAAUCCACACCAGCACGACAUGAGGAAUCUAGUGGAGAAGGACCUCUCGAUAAAAACGCGCUUCCAGCGGUACAAACGAGCCUUGAUGAGACUACCACCGUUUUUGACGAGAGCACACCACUCGCCACUGCAGAAGUAAGUGCUACGAGUACUAUCUCUUCUCAGACGUCCACACCGUCGUCUACCGAAAAACAGACUUCAACUGUAGCCGUACCACCUAUAAUUGUGGUUGGUGGUGAAGUGACUACGACAGAAAAGAGCGAAUUAGCUACAACGACACAGGAAGUAGGUAGUGGAGAAGAGCCCUCCAAUACAAACAUAAUUCCCGAAGUACAGCCGAGUCUGGAUGGAACUACUACAAUUUUCGCCGAGAGCACACCAGAAACCAGUGCGACGAUGGCGUCAGGGGUUGUGUCUAGCACAACUCCUCUUAGCACCGAACAGGCCCUCAUAGUCACUUCUCCCGCUACAGAGAGCGCUACUGGUGAAACGGCUGGCGGGCAGUCUACAACAGAAAGGAACGUAAUUACAACGGAGUUUCCCGCGGAAGCGAGCGGAGAAGAACCAUCUGAUAAAGAAUUACACCCAAUUGUACAGGCUAAUCUGGAUGAAACUACUACUGCUGCCGCCGAGAGCACACCUGAGCCUUCACCAACAGUUACUGCGGAGAGACACCUCGAGAACACUCCACAACAGGAAGCAGUGUAA